GGAUAUCUAUAAAUUCAAGACAUUCUUUAUCCCCUCUUUAACUGACUUUCUUCGUCGCGAUUCUCAGGUAUUGUUGCUGAUCGAGAAAAAGAAAACAUGGGAGGUGGCAAGGACAAGCAUGGUGACCAAGACAAAGGAUUUCAUGGGUACCCACCCGCUGGUUACCCACCGCCUCCUGGAGCGUAUCCACCCGCUGGUUACCCGCCUCAAGGUUACCCUCCUCCGGGAGGCUAUCCUCCCGCAGGAUAUCCUCCCGGGGCAUACCCUCCUCCUCCCGGAGCGUAUCCUCAUGCCGGUUAUCCCGGGCAGCACCCUCCUGGACAUGGAGGGCAUGGAGGGCUCGGGGCCAUGGUAGCAGGCGCAGCUGGAGCAGCUGCAGCUGCCUAUGGAGCUCACCACGUAGCCCAUAGUUCCCACAACCCCUAUGGUCAUGUGUACGGCCAUGGCCAUGGCCAUGGCUACGGCUAUGGUCACGGCAAGUUCAAGCACGGGAAGCAUGGAAAGUUCAAGCACGGGAAGCACGGCAAGUUCAAGCACGGGAAACACGGCAUGUUCGGAGGGAAAUUCAAGAAGUGGAAGUGAUCGG